ACAGUGGCAAAAGGCAGAUACAUACGUAUUUACGUAAUCGUGUACGAUGCAUUUUACGUCGUAUUUAAUCCUCUUCCUCGUAUUGAGUGGAUUUGGUCAAGUGUUUUUACUUGGACACUACAUAAAUUCUCUGCAAUUUUUUUUAGAGAAGAUAGAAAGUGCGGAGCAGAAUGGAGACAAGCAAAACUUGAGUGAUAUUUUGAAAGUGUUUGAUGGAUUAGCCAACAUUCCCACGAAGGAUGACUUGGCCGCGUUAGAGACGAGAUUAAGUGCGAGAUUCGACCGACUAAAAUCUGAUUUGGAGGCAUUAAUCAAUAGAGCAAGUAGGCAAGAGGAAGAAAGUCGCGACCGUGAAAAUAAUCAUGCAAGGAAGCGAAGGUCGAUGCAGAUACCAGAUUUCGUCGCAGCAGAUUACAGGUUGGGCAUACUAACGACAGAAGUACGAAAGUCUUCUUUUAACGAGACGUGCCAAUUUGUCGAGAAAAUCUUCACCGUUCAAAAUGAGCAGGCCGCAGUCUUGGAGGAAAUAAGGAACACUACCUCCAAAAUAUUUCAAAAGACUGUUUCCACCCUGAACGAGACUGAAGUAUCCACUCCGUACGUGUUCGAAAUUCCAGACCCAAGGACUGGCCGCCUAACGAAAUUCUGCGGGGAUGAUUUAGAUCUUGCUGGUUCAACAUUCCCCAAAAAACCACUCAGUUGCGACAAAGGGUGGAUCAAAAUUCAGCGAAGAGGUACUCCAACGGCGGGCUGGAAGGAGAGAACCAAUUUCGAGAGAAAUUUUACCGAUUAUGCGAAUGGAUUCGGUGGCCACCUUGACGGCGAGGAUUUCUGGAUUGGCUUGGAAACAAUCCAUGCGCUAACUAAGGCGGGAUAUACGCAAUUGCGGGUAGAUCUCGAGGAUUGGGAGGGAAACAAAGCAUACGCGAUGUAUAACGAAUUCAAAGUGGGUGGUGCACUGGAUAAGUACAACUUAACGGUGGGAGGAUACAAUGGAACAGCCGGAGAUUCCCUUAGCCGAAAUUCGGGGAAAAAGUUUACCACAUUCGACAAUGAUAAUGAUGAAGACAAAGUUAUUAAUUGUGCUUCGCAACGCCGGGGUGGCUGGUGGUACUGGAAUUGUUCUGAGAGCCAGCUGAACUCCAUGUAUCACACUUCCAGCCGAGAGGAAAAACCUUACACGGGAAUUAUCUGGUACCACUGGAAGGGCCACGAAUACUCGUUGAAAAAGGUGGAAAUGAAGAUUCGCAAACCAUCACAAGUCAUCUAACUGGAAUUUCGGAACUCAAUAACUGGCACCGCUAAAACACAGACGUUCCAUCGUCACAGUUUUACGAUGAAUGUACAUGUGUAGAUUAUAUAAAUAAACAUGCACAACAUUGAAAUUCGA